CUUCCCAUAUUUAACCUAUUUUAAAUGGAGCAUUUCAUACAGUAUUUCUAUAUCAAUAAUUCAAUAACUUUUCAUUACAAAAGUAACAUGUAAUGCAUAGCAUAAUUAUCCAUUCAAACACUUCGAAAAUCAUUUUAAUAACCAAUGUAAAUUAUUCUGAGUCCUUAAGACGGAUUGCAAGUGGAAAUUCACUUUUAAAUGAGGUGUACACAGUUAAAAUCUUUUAAAUUCAAACAUCUAACUUUAAAUUAAUUUUAAAAUUAAAAUAGCAGGAAGGGGGGAAAUGUGUAAUGUUCAUCUAAUAUCCCAUGUAGCCAAAGGGAAUCCUCACAUGGUAAAAAUAAGAUAGAUCUGGGUAUUUUCACUCUGCUCAUCAAACAUAAUAUUUAAACACUGAGAUAAAUACAAAAGCCCAGAUUCUAGGGAAUCCAAAAGUAAAACACUUCUUUGAAAGUGGGAAAUUAAAACCCAUGUUGCUACUGUUUCAUAAAAGAGUAAAUACCAUGUUAACUUCAGUCUUCAAUAGACAUACAAUGCAUUUUGUCAAAUAGACAAUCCUCUCUUACAACUUUUUAAUGUUUAAAGUAGAGCUGUCAAUUAAUCAUAGUUAACUAAAGCUGUUAAUUCAAAAAAAAAUCGCAAUUAAUUGCACUUAUAACAAUAGAAUACCAAUUGAAAUUUAUUAAAUAUUUUUGGAUGUUUUUCUAUAUUUUCAAUAUUGACUUUAGUGGAACACAGAAUACAAAGUGCACAGUGCUCACUUUAUAUUACUAUUUUGAUUACAAAUAUAUGUACUGUAAAAAUGAAAAAACAAAUAGUAUUUUUCAUUUCACCUCAUGCAAGUACUGAAGUGCAAUCUCUUUAUCAUGAAAGUGUAACUUACAAAUGCAGAUUAUUUUUUGGUUACAUAACUGCACUCAAAAAUAAAACAGUAUAAAACUUUAGAGCCUACAAGUCCACUGAGUCCUACUCCUUAUUCUGCCAAUCGCUAAGACAAACAAGUUUGUUUACUUUGAUGGGAGAUACUGCUGCCUGCUUCUUAUUUACAGUGUCACCUGAAAGUGAGAACAGGUGUUUGCAGGGCACUUUUGUAGCCGGCGUUGCAAGGUAUUUACAUGCCAGAUAUGCUAAAUAUUUGUAUGCACCUUUAUGCUUCAGCCACCAUUCCAGAGGACAUGCUUUCAUGCUGAUGAUGCUCAUUAAAAAUAAUGCGUCAAUUAAAUUUGUGACUGUACUCCUUGGGAGGAGAACUGUAUGUCUCCUGCUCUGUUUUACCCGCAUUCUGCGUGUAUUUCAUGUUAUAGCAGUCUCGGAUGAUGACCCUGCACAUGUUUGUUUUAAGAACGCUUUCACAGCAGAUUUGACAAAAUGCAAAGAAGUUACUGAUGUGAGAUUUCUAAAAAUAGCUACAGCACUCAACCCAAGGUUUAAGAAUGGGAAGUGUUGUCCAAAAUCUGAGAGGGACGAUGUGUAGAACAUGCUUUUAGAAGUCUUAAAAGAGCAACACUCUGAUGCGCAAACUACAGAACCCAAACCACGAAAAAAGAAAAUCAACCUUCUGCUGGUGGCAUCCGACUCAGAUGAUGAAAAUGAACAUGCGUCGGUCCGCACUGCUUUGGAUCGUUAUCAAGGAGAAUCCAUCAUCAGCAUGGAAGCAUGUCCUCUGGAAUGGUGGUUGAAGCAUGAAGGGACAUGUGACUCUUUAGCGCAUCUGGCAAAUAAAUGUCUUGCAAUGCCAGCUGCAGCAGUACCGUAUGAAUGCCUCUUCUCACUUUCAGGUGACAUAGUAAACAAGAAGCAGGCCGCAUUAUCUCCAGCAAAUUGUAGCCAGCCUUGUUUGUCUGAGUGGUUGGCUGACCAAGAAGUAGGACUGAGGGGGACUUUUAGGCUCUAAAGUUUUACACUGUUUUAUUUUUGAAUGCAGGUUUUUUGUACAUAAUUCUAUAUUUAUAAGUUCAACUUUCAUGAUAGAGAGAUUACACUAGAUUACUUGAAUGAGGUGAAUUGAAAAAUACAAUGUUUUUUACAGUGCAAAUAUUUGUAAUAAAUAGUGAGCACUGUACACUUUGUAUUCUGUGUUGUAAUUGAAAUUAAUAUUUUUGAAAAUUUAGUAAACAUCCAAAAAUAUUUAAAAUAAAUGGUAUUCUAUUGUUUAACCGUGCGAUUAAUUUGUUUAACCGUUUGACAGCCCUAAUUUAAAGAUAUUACAGUAUUUUAGAGUACUUCAACAUCUGUAAGAGCCAAAAAGGCUGGUCAUGCUAAUGGCCUAUCUUAAUCUAAACAGUAUUGCUAUGCUUAUUUUAUGGAAGUAGACAAAAAAAUGUUUUUGUACUGUAAGUUUCCCUGUUUAGCCUUUUCAAGGGCAUAAUGAUAUGAGGGAAGGUUUUGGUAAGUUUGCAUUGCUAAAAUUUGCUCAUUUAUUGAGCCCUUCUGUAAGCAUGUCAUCUUUUUCUUUUCUUGCUUCACUCAGAAAAAAGUUCCCCAAAUUGUUUGUUGGGAAAUCUUAUUCCCCAACAUGCCAUGGAUAUAACACUAAGCCUUUUCUUUUGUUAUAAAAACCUUGAAAACUUGAAGAAAUUCUCCCAUAAAUGUAUCCUCCUAAAUCAGUGAUACUCAGACUGAGGCUCACGAGCUGCAAGUGGCUCUUUAAUGCGUCUCCUGAGGCUCUUUGCAGCAUGUGAUAUUAAAACACUGUGUGAUUUCAUUAUUAACCAAUAAGGAUGCUUUUACUAUGUUAUUAACCAGUUGUAGUUGAUAAAAUUAUAUUUGGGCAGUCAUUUUGCAGUGAGAAUAAUAUAUAUAAAAGAAAAUGAAACAGAGUUUUCACACUAUUGGGGCUGUUUUAGGUAAUAUUGGUUGCUAAUUGACUCCUGAACCACUGAAGUCUGAAUAUCGGUGUUUUAAAGCAUCUCCGGAGCAUAGAGCACGUCUGAGUGUCUGGCACCACUAAUGUGGUGGUGCAACACUCAGUUGCCCAACUAACCCCUCCAUAUUUGUCUUGAAAGCACUAAUCCUGGGAAGGGCUUCUAGUACUCUGUGGUAGAGAGCAAAGGCAAUUGGAAUAAUAUAUGAAGGGAUGGAGAGGAGUGGGUCUGCUGGGGAUGAAUUCAUAAUGUAUGUAUGUAUUUAUUUUUUGGUGGGGGGUGGGGGGAGAUAAGUUGUAGUCACUGGUAUUAAACAUGUAACAUCUGAAGGCUGGAGCCUCUCUCUCUGUCCACUGCAGUUGCAUAAGGAUUAGAUAAAUCUGUCAAAAGACUAUGCAUUCCUAAGGCCAUGACUAACGUAGCAAGACCUGGAAGUGAGUGGCCUUGAUGGUCCGAUCUGUAUGUGCAGCUUCGAUUUAAAGAGGUCGUCCGGCAUAUAGUGAUGUGACAGAACUCAUGCUAUGUGCUGGAAAAUGUUCAUUGGAGGCCUUAGCUGGGACACUACAAAGAAAGAUCUGAAGGACUACUUCUCCAAAUUUGGUGAAGUCGUAGACUGCACUCUGAAGUUAGAUCCUAUCACAGGGAGAUCAAGGGGUUUUGGCUUUGUACUUUUUAAAGAGUCUGAGAGUGUAGAUAAGGUCAUGGACCAAAAAGAACAUAAACUGAAUGGAAAAGUGAUUGAUCCUAAAAGAGCUAAAGCCAUGAAAACAAAAGAACCUGUUAAAAAGAUUUUUGUUGGUGGACUAUCUCCAGAUACACCUGAAGAGAAAAUAAGGGAGUAUUUUGGAGGUUUUGGUGAGGUGGAAUCUAUAGAACUCCCCAUGGACAACAAAACCAACAAAAGGCGUGGAUUCUGCUUUAUUACUUUCAAGGAUGAGGAACCAGUGAAGAAAAUAAUGGAAAAAAAAUACCACAACGUCGGUCUUAGUAAAUGUGAAAUAAAAGUAGCCAUGUCAAAGGAACAGUAUCAGCAGCAACAGCAAUGGGGCAGUAGAGGAGGAUUUGUUGGAAGAGCCCGUGGAAGAGGUGGUGGCCCCAGUCAAAACUGGAACCAGGGAUAUAGCAACUACUGGAAUCAGGGAUAUGGCAACUAUGGCUACAACAGCCCAGGAUAUGGUGGCUACGGAGGAUAUGACUACACUGGUUACAACAACUACUAUGGAUAUGGUGACUAUAGCAAUCAGCAGAGUGGUUAUGGGAAAGUAUCCCGGCGAGGUGGUCAUCAAAAUAGCUACAAACCAUACUAAAUUAUUCCAUUUGCAACUUAUCCCAAACAGGUGGAGAAGCAGUAUUUUCUCAUUUGAAGAUUCAUUUGAGGUGGCUCAUGCUACCUGCUAAUAGCAGUUCAAACUAAUUUUUUUGUAUCAAGUCCCUGAAUUGGAAGUAAGACGUUGGGUCCCUCUGAAGUUUAAUUGAGUUCUCAUUAAAACAGAAUUGCUUUCACUGUCUUAUUUCUUAAUUGCUAUGCUUAAGAAUCAAUUUGUUUUAUGCCCCUUCCUUGGUAUUGUAGAGCAAGUCUUGUGUUUAAAAGCCCAGUGUGACAGUGUCAUGAUGUAGUAGUGUCUUACUGGUUUUUUAAUAAAUCUUUUUGUAUAAA